UGUGCGCACUUUGCGGAGCAGCCACUUGCUGCAGAGUGGAUGCAGAGUUCAGCUCCGGCUUUGCCCGUGGUCCCCGCGGCCACAGCUCAGGGUUCGGCUCUGAUUCAGGACGAGACCAGAGGAUGGAUCUCUAUCACUGCGCCUUUCUCUGCGGGGCUCUGAUGUUUGUUUGGGAAAUCCCCUGUUUUCACACUCUUGCUAUUUUCCCUCCAGCUGCCCCGAAGGGCAGCAAGGUGUCGAGGAUUUUUGAUGGACAAGAAGCUUCUAAGUAUUUCAAGGAUUUGUACGCACCGCCAUUCAUCGACAGAAACAAUAAAGUCACAUCUAAAGACUCAAUUGAGCCUCAUGACUACAUGUUGUCUAUCUACAAGACCUUCUCCACGGCAGAAAGACUGGGGCUCAACGCCAGUUUCUUUCGUUCUUCUAAAGCUGCAAACACCAUUGCAAGUUAUGUGGACAGUGGACAAGAUGACCUCCCACUCUCCCCUCUGAGGAGACAGCAGUAUCUGUUCGACGUCUCAACGCUCUCCAAAAAGGCGGAGGUGCUGGGAGCCGAGCUCAGGAUAUACACCAAAGUGUCUGGGAAUUUCAGGAUAUCGGAAACAGAGCCCAUCGACAUCCAGCUCCUCUCCUGCCACAACCGGCAGCUGCUCGACUCCAAAACAUUGGACUUGCAGGAUUCCCAAAGGCCAAAGUGGGAGGUGUUGGACGUGUGGGAAAUAUUCAAAGAGCAGCAGCACCUGAGCCAGGGGAAGCACUUCUGCCUGGAGCUCAGGGCCAUGCUGGACAACCCAGAGAGGGAGCUGGACCUGCAGCUUCUGGGCUUGCACAGGCACGGCAGGCCUAAGCAGAAGAAAGCCAUCUUAGUGGUGUUCACCAGGUCUAAGAAGAGGCAGACCCUCUUCAGUGAGAGGAGAGAGGGGAGAGCGUUGCUGGGCCUGGAGAGGAAGGUCAAAGAGAGAGGCCCUGGCGCCAAAACCAGCAGGAGAAGGAGGACGGCUGCGUCCAAAACCCGCCACGGGAAGAGGCACGGCAAGAAGUCCAAAUCCAGGUGCAGCAAGAAGCCGCUGCACGUCAACUUCAGAGACCUGGGCUGGGACGACUGGAUCAUCGCCCCGCUGGAUUAUGAAGCGUACCACUGCGAGGGGGUGUGUGACUUCCCCCUGCGCUCCCACCUGGAGCCCACCAACCACGCCAUCAUCCAGACUCUGAUGAAUUCAAUGAACCCCAGCAACAUGCCGCCCAGCUGCUGUGCCCCGUCCAAACUCAGCCCCAUCAGCAUCCUCUACAUCGACUCAGGAAACAAUGUGGUCUACAAACAGUACGAGGACAUGGUGGUUGAGUCUUGUGGCUGUAGGUAGUGCAUCUGCCAUAUGUUGGUCAGGCUCUCUGGUUAGUGGGACUCAAACACUAUCACAGUCUGUGCGGUGGCGAGGCUGCACCUUAAAUAUAGAAAACUUGCUUGAUUUGUUUGGCAAGAAAUAUUUAGUGAUGCAUUUGCAAACCAUGCACCCAACAAGGUCAUGUUUAAUACCUCAAACAUUUGUUUUCUUGUUUUUUUCUGUAUGUUCUGCCCACUUCAACACUACAGCGCCUGGAUAUUCAUGGAUAUAUGAUAAGAUACAUUUAUUAAAUCAAGAAACAUUUUUUAAGAAAUAGGUCAGCAUACUUUUCUUUGCUUUCUUGCGGAGAGUUAAAUGAGAAGAUUGACACGACUUUCACACAAGAGUGGUAUCGAUCUUCUCAUCCAACUCUCAAAAGAAGGCAAAUCCCUUCCAAACAUCUUGAAGACACAUUAAAAUCACCCAUUUAAGUAAAAUAAUUGUAUACUCUUAUACAAAUAUUGUCAGUGCAAAAAUGAAAAGUGAAUUUAUGUUUUACCAACCACUGUUUGGCCCAUGGGACACAAGCACUAUGUUCAACUUUAAUGGACUGUUAGUAUUAUUACAGGUUACAUGAAUAUGAACAUUUUACAUAUGUGAUGUUAGAUUACACUAAACACACUGUAUUAUAUCCUAUCCUCUUAUCAAAGCAGUCUGGCAGUCCAACAGUGUAAUCCAACAAGUUCUCCAAACCAUAGGUUGGUUAUUGGGGUCUUAUGUAAUCAUUCUUAAUAACUUUAUGUCCAAAUUAAUUACAAGGUUCUAAUGAUCAAAAAUAGUCAAACCUUUUUAUCAUUAUUAAUUUAAGAUAUUGAUUAUACAUUUGUGGCCUGUUACUACUACUAAACUAAAUAAUAAACUUCAGGUAAACAUUUUUUUUCCCAAAUGGAUGUCUUGAGUGACUUCUCUACCAUGACUAAAAAAAUGCAGAUUUUCAGCACUUCACAUGGCCUACGACUCAGGGAACGUCCUCGAGUGCUGGAGAGAAUGUGAAGUCCUUUUAUUUUUCACAUUUAACCACCAUUGGUACGCUUCCACAAAAAGCCAGCACAGGGUUUAUCACCAGUUUUCUUUUUCGUUGAGGAGAUACAUAAUUUUGUCUGUGAUGCACUGAUGUUCAAAGGUACCAUGUGUAAAUAUUUGGAAAUAAUAAUUUAUGUUCUAUAAAUAAGUUAUUUCAUUUUUUAUUGUCCGCUUUGUUCCGUUACAACUUACGUUACAACCAGAUGACAUGAGUUAGAAUUCUGGUUGUUCAGAACAAAGAAACAUGUUUUCUUUUUUUAGGCUAUGCUGUUUUUUAAAAUAUUAGAAGCACAUUUUAGCCUCUUAUAUUUUGUUUUGCAUUAUUUACUGGAAUCUGAAAAUAAUAUAUUAUACUGACUGUCAGUAAGAUGAAUGGAUAAUUCAUCUCUUUGCUCUCUUGCAUUAAACCUUAUACCAGCAGACAAUUAAUUGAUAAUGUAUUUUUACACAGUAAAAUGUUUAACCAUAUGAAUUCUUAUAAAACUGUCUGAACUGUAAGAUGUAUAGAGUAACAGGCAAAUUAAAUGGUCUUGAACUUAAAA